AUGGCAGCUCCACAAGGGGGUUACCCUCCCCAGGAAGGGUAUGCCCAGCCGGGCUAUGGCUCCCCGGACCCUACGCAGCAGGAGUCGCCUGUCCCUCAACAAGGUGCACCCGCGGCCGGCAAGAAGAAGCGAGCAUAUGCUGGUCAGGCAUUUGAGUUUGGAGCAGGUGCCAAUGCUGCGCUUGGAGGACAGCCCGUCGCAGGAGGUGCCUACGAUGCCUACCCUCAGCAACCCCAAGCCAUGGGAUACCAGCAACCGGGAUACGGUGUCGACCAAACCCAGAUGCAACAGCCUAUAGCACCUACUCCGGAUGUUGCGCAAAUGACCAACCAAUUCGGUGGUAUGGGUAUGGCUGAACCGCACCACAUGCCCCCGCCCCAACAGCCGGCAGUUCAGCCUCAGCGCAACGUCCAACUGAACCAGCUCUACCCAACCGACCUCAUUUCGCAACCUUUCAAUGUCGCAGAAUUGGACUACCCCCCACCUCCUAUUAUCCUGCCUCCCGGGACUAGUGUUUACCCAUCCCCCACUGCCAAUUGCCCCACAAAAUACAUGCGGUCGACCUUGAAUGCUGUUCCGACAAAUAACUCCCUCCUUAAGAAGUCCAAGUUGCCCUUCGCUUUGGUUAUUCAGCCUUAUGGCGCACUCCACGAUGCCGAGGACCCCAUUCCUGUGAUCCCCGACCAGGUCAUUUCACGAUGCAGACGCUGCCGCUCUUAUAUUAACCCCUUCGUCACUUUCCUCGACCACGGUCACCGCUGGCGUUGUAACAUGUGCAACCUGACAAACGAUGUCCCCCAGGCAUUUGAUUGGGAUUCGACCUUGCAGAAGCCCGCAGACCGAUCCUUGCGUGCCGACCUGAACCACAGCAUGGUCGAGUUUGUUGCUCCCCAGGAAUACAUGGUCCGCCCUCCUCAGCCGCUCGUUUACCUGUUCUUGCUUGACGUCAGCUAUUCCUCCGUGGCCAGUGGUCUUUUGGCUACCAGCGCCCGGUGCAUUAAGGAGAGUCUUGAUCGGAUCCCCAACGCAGACCGACGAACCCGCCUUGGUUUCAUCGCCGUCGAUUCAAGCCUGCACUACUUCAGCAUUCCUCGAGAUGGCUCCGAAAGCUCCGAAUCACGCAUGUUGGUGGUCAGCGACCUUGAUGAGCCCUUCCUGCCCAUCCCCACAGACCUGCUGGUGACGCUGAGCGAAUGCCGGGAGAAUGUGGACUCUUUCCUUGACAAGCUGCAGGAGAUGUUCCAGAACACCCAGAAUAACAGCUGCGCCAUGGGAUCCGCUCUGCGGGCUGGAUACCAACUCAUCUCUCCCGUGGGUGGUAAGGUCAUUGUUCUGAGCGCAUCGCUGCCCAACAUCGGUCACGGCGCUCUCACAAUGCGCGAGGAUAAGAAGGUGCUCGGCACCAGCAAGGAAUCGGCUCUUCUACAGACGGGCAACUCUUUCUACAAGAGCUUUGCUGUCGAAUGUUCCAAGGCUCAAGUGUCAGUGGACAUGUUCCUUUUCUCGUCCCAAUACCAGGAUGUGGCCUCCUUGAGCAACUUGCCUCGUUACACUGGUGGCCAGACUUACUUCUACCCCGGAUGGAACGCUGCUCGAACGGAGGAUGCUAUGAAGUUCGCGCGCGAGUUCUCCGACCACUUGUCAUCCGAAAUUGGGUUGGAGGCCGUUCUCCGCGUUCGUGCCACUACCGGCCUGCGCAUGAACACCUUCUACGGAAACUUCUUCAACCGCAGUUCCGAUCUCUGUGCUUUCCCGGCCUUCCCUCGCGACCAAGCGUACGUUGUUGAGGUGGCUAUCGACGAGACAGUAACCAAGCCAGUGGUGUGCUUGCAAGCCGCCGUUCUACACACCACCUGCAACGGUGAGCGUCGUAUUCGCGUCCUCACCCUGGCACUCCCGACCACUCAAAACCUGGCCGAUAUCUACGCUUCCGCUGACCAGCAAGCCGUGGCCACCUUCUUCAGCCACAAAGCUGUGGAGCGUACUUUGAGCAGUGGCCUUGAUGCGGCCCGUGAGGCUUUGCAGGCCAAGGUGAUUGAGCUGUUGACGACCUACCGCAAAGAACUUGCUGGUGGUAGCGUGAGCGGCGGUGGUCUCCAGUUCCCUGCUAACCUCCGCGGUCUGCCUGUUUUGUUCCUCUCCAUGAUGAAGAAUCUUGGUCUUCGCAAGUCUGCUCAGAUCCCAACGGAUAUGCGAUCUGCCGCAUUGUGCCUGUUGUCGACUCUGCCUUUGCCUCUUCUUAUCCAAUACAUCUACCCUAAGAUGUACUCGCUCCAUGACAUGCCCGACUCCGCGGGUGUGCCGGACCCUCAGACCGGGGAGAUCAUUCUUCCUCCCCCGGUCAACCUGUCCUCGCAGCGUCUCGCCCCGUACGGUCUGUACCUGAUCGACGAUGGACAAACCCAGUUCUUGUGGGUCGGCCGUGAGGCGGUGCCCCAACUCAUCGAGGACGUGUUUGGCGUACCCGACCGCACCCAGCUGCGGGUGGGCAAGCAGAUCCUGCCUGAAAUAGACAACGAGUUCAGCCAGCGGCUACGGGCUGUGGUGGAGAAGAGCCGGGACCACCGGUCCAAGGGGGCGGGCAGCAUUAUUGUGCCUCACUUGUAUGUGGUGCGCGAGGAUGGAGAGCCUGGUCUGCGUCUUUGGGCGCAGACGAUGUUGGUGGAGGAUCGGGCGGAUCAGAGUGUGAGCUUGGAUCAAUGGAUGACCACUCUCCGGGAGAAGGUUGUGCAAUAA